AUGCGAGUCCGGUUGAAGACCGUAGCGCCAAAAAAUAAGAAGAAGAAGAAGAAGAAGCAACCUCCAAUCGAAGCCACGAUGGAAAAAAUGGAUUCGUAUAAACAGUUUCAUUUGGAUCCGUUCAAUGAUGCCGCUGAUGCAUCUAAUUUGCGGUUGGAGUGGGAAGAGUGGCACAGAGCCUGCGAACUUGUUCUUGAAUUAAGUAAUAUCGAUUCGCAGCAUCAAAAAUUACUCUUUAUGUUGGCUCGAGGCGGCAGAGGUCUGCAAAGGAUUUAUUAUAACCUUGCACCGGUUGCUGGGGAAAUCCAAUCAGGUCCAGUUAAAAUUCCACUUGCCCCAAAAGAAAUUCCUGAAUACGACAACGCUAUCAAGCGACUCAAUGCCUUCUUCAUAGGAAAACGGAACGUUGUUGAACUGGAGGUUUUUCGUUCACUCAGACAGUCGGCUGGCGAGUCAUUUAAUCGCUACAUACUUAAGUUGCGGACGCAAGCAGCACGUUGCGAUUUUCGGGAUCGAGUGGAAAAUGAAUUGUUGCAGCAAAUCACGGUUGGUGCUAGUGAUGAAAGAGUUGGAGAUAAAGGUCUCGAGAGCAUCAUGAACCUUGACGAGCUGGUCAACUAUGCUGUCAAUCAGGAAGUAUUGCAGAAACAAAAGGAGAAAUCGUAUCCAUUUAGACCAGAAGCAGGCGUCGUAGCAUCGGUGAAGCAGGAUUGGAUCACAAAAUCAGAGCCGAAAAGUUCAAAUCGUGGACAACCCUUUGCGCGUGAGAAAAACGAUAUAAUAACGUUCGUACUGGAACCGAAUGCGACCGUUGUGGUUCGUGGAAACACAAUCGGGAUUCAAGAGAGUGUAUCGCGCGAAAUUGUACUUGCAACAAGUGUGGCAGUCGCGAGCACUUUGCCAGAAAGUGCAGAGGAGGACGAUAUGCAUCAACGCAGCCCCGUUCCACGAAAGAUCGCUUAUCUACGAAUUCCUGCUGCGAUGGAGAAUAAAGUUAACCGGAAAAUUCAGCAUAUGUUUGACACUGACAUUAUCGAACCGGUUCAUGGCCCAGCAGAGUGGAUCUCACCAAUGGUGGGCACGGAUGAUAUCAGAUUAUGCAUUAAUAUGCGAUACCCCAAUCAAGCGAUCCACCGAGAGCAUUACUCACUUCCACUAAUCGACACACUGCUGAACAAACUAAAAGGAGCUGUCAUAUUUUCCAGGCUGGUUAUAACUUCCGCAUUUCACCACGUAGAACUACACCCAGAUUCGCGCGGAAUCACCACCUUCAUGACGAGUAAAGGACUAAUGCGAUUCAAGAGACUUAUGUUCGGCAUCAAUUGUGCGCCCGAGAUAUUCCAGUGCAUAAUGUGUGAAAUGCUAGUGGGAAUCGAUGGUGUUGUGGUUUAUAUAGAUGACAUCGUUGUAUGGGGUAAAACGCAGAAAAAGCAUAACGACCGGCUGGAGAAAGUUCUGGCUGUCCUCAAAGAGAACCGUGCGUUGCUGAAUCAAGAAAAAUGUUUAAUUGGAGUAGCUGAGCUUGAGAUUUUGGGCUUCAAAAUAAGCGGCAAUGGAAUUUGCCUAACGGAUGGUAAAAUUGAAGCGAUCCGUAAUUUUAGAAUGCCUGAAACAAAGGAGGAAGUACGAAGUUUUCUCGGAGGUGAUGUCGAAUCGUUUGGUGAAGAACAGCGUAGAGCAUUCGAUGACUUACGAACCGAAUUAACGAACACAGUGCGUCGGCUGGGAUUUUUCGAUCCGAAAGAUGAAACAGAAUUAUACGUAGAUGCGCCUUCAGUUGGUCUUGGAGCAGUUUUAACCCAACGAGACAGCUCCAAACCACCAAGGAUCAUAAGCUUCGCGUCAAAGGGUCUCACGAAGACGGAACGAGUAUAUCCACAAACUCAACGUGAGGCUUUGGCCGUCGUCUGGGCCGUGGAAAAAUUUUACCCCUAUUUGUUCGGAAUACGCUUCACGGUUUUCACCGAUCACAAAACCCUGGAAUAUAUAUUCGGUGGAAAACAUCAAGAAGGAAAGCGCGCUUGUUCGAGAGUCGAAGCAUGGGCUCUGCGGCUGCAGCCCUUUGAUUUUUGUGUGAAGUUAUGCCCACAGACAGAUACACCUUUCGACGAAGCUUCUGAACAUUACGUUUGCGGAGUAGGAGAAGGACCGUUGGCCAUUACGCUACACGAGAUCAAGCAGGAGACUAAUCGGGACGAAGUGCUUAAGGAUUGGAGUUUGAACAGUUACCGGGAACGGACGGACAAUCAGAACGAAACUAAAAGUGACUCCCAAGACGAUCAGCAAGAACCUACGGAGGACUCUACAACUACCAGCACUAACAAGGGAAUCCGUUGCUGA